AUGGAAGCUCUAGCGGUGUCCCAAUGGAAACGCUUUGCUUCUCUCAACAAGUACCUGCUGGGUCUUCGUCCUGGUGAGCUGACUGUACUUACAGGUGGAACCGGAUUCGGAAAAACCACAUUCCUAUGUGAAUAUGCUCUUGACUUAUUCACUCAAGGGGUGCGAACCUUGUUCUGUAGUUUUGAAAUGCCGGAGGAGAAAAUACUGAAAUGGAUGCUCGUGCAAUAUGCUGGUCCUUCACACCUUCGAAGUCUGGCGCGUACUCUCACAUAUAAAAAUGGAAUCAAGGUACCACUUUAUCGUGUUGAGUACAGCAGCGCUAUUGAUAUGUGGUUGGAUAGAUUCGAGCGUACCAAGGGACCGCUGGCUAUAAUGAAGACCACCGAAUUUAGAGAAAAGAGCAUUAAUCAGAUUGCAUCGGCUAUCCGUGGCCAGGUGAUCAAUAGCGGUUGUCAGCAUGUUGUGAUAGACAACUUGCAGUUCCUCGUAAACCAGUCAACAAUGAGUGAUGAACAAUCAAGCAGCCUAGAACGUUUUUUUAUGCAGGACCGGUUUGUGGGUCACAUGAGAUCUCUUGUAUCGCAACAUGGCGUGCACGUGACGAUGGUUGUCCACCCGAGAAAAACUGAUAGCGACAACGAUCUCGACAUACAACAUUUUGGAGGAUCGACGCGCGUAACGCAGGAAGCAGAUAAUGUUCUUGCUAUACAAAGAAGACGUGAUGACCGUGAUCGCGGAAAGUUCAGGAAAUUCCUUUACAUCCUGAAAAACCGAUAUGGAGGACACCGAGUCGAAACUGAUCAAUUGGAGAUGCUAUUUCAACCAGGCACUUACUCUCAUACUAUCAUUGACCAUUCACUCAAAAUAUGA